AUGGCGGUCCUGUUGCCCCUGAACCAAGUGGUUUCGUUUCAAUCAGAGAAGAUGAGACCAACUGGAGAGCAUAGACCUGCUGGAGACCUAAGAACAACUGUAGACCAUAGACCGACUGAAGACUAUAGACCGACUGAAGACCUUAGACCAGCUGUAGACCAUAGACCAUCUGAAGACCAUAGACCUGCUGAAGACCUUAGACCAACUGUAGACAAUAGACCAACUGUAGACCAUAGACCUGCUGGAGACCUUAGAACAACUGUAGACCAUAGACCGACUGAAGACUAUAGACCGACUGAAGACCUUAGACCAGCUGUAGACCACAGACCAACUGAAGACCAUAGACCAGCUAUAGACCAUAGACCAACUGAAGACCUUAGACCAUCUGUAGAUUAUAGACCAACUGAAGACCUUAGACCAUCUGUAGAUUAUAGACCAGCUGUAUACUAUAGACCAACUGAAGACCAUAGAAAAGCUGAAGACCUUAGACCAGCUGAAGAGCUCAGACCAUCUGUAGACCCGAACCUGCUAACUAUGUCAAAUUCGGUCGUCUUCGAGGAUGAAUGGGCCAGAGUAUACACUUUUGGCGUGUACCAAUGCAAGCAAAUGGUAUUGACGAUUUUGGCAGCCCUUCCGAUGGCUUUUCAUAUAGUUUCCGUGAUCUUCAUUGGCUAUACACCAGAACACCAAUGUUCACUGGAUCUGCAGGAGAAACCAGCUGGUGGUAUCAGCAGUGUAAAUAAUUCUAUCAACACAACGGCUGGCACGUGCAGCAUCUCCUGGCUGCGACAGAAUGUAGACGGACAAGUCACUACCGAGGAAACUGCCUGUUUGUAUGGCCACAAUUACUCAACACCAAAAACUUACACAUUUGUUACUGAGUGGGAUCUUGUUUGUGAGAGGGAUGCAGUUGGACGAUUAUCGCAGUCUCUAGUUCUUGGUGGAAUGUUUCUAGGUGCCUUGGCUGCUCCGUUGGCCGAUAAAUACGGGAGGAAACUAGUUCAUGUGGCAUUCAAUAUAGGCUUACUCACAGUAACAUUCACCAUGGCAUUUGUAAAGGAUGAAACCGUCUUCCUGGUACUUCGCUUCUUCAUUGGAACGUUUCAACAAGGAAUGCUGUUAACCGUGGUGACGUUUUGGCUGGAGUUACUACACCGUGAUUCCCGUGAAAACGUCGGUAUUGUGAACGCUUUUAUGUGGGGAAGCUCUGUCAUGGUUCUCACUCUCGUUGCAUUUCUACUUCAAAACUACGACUGGAGAAUCCUCCAACUAGCAUUGUCACUUUUUUCAGUAAUUAGCAUCGUAGAAAUUUUCCUGAUGGACGAAUCGCUUCGGUGGCUCGUCGUAAACAACAGAAAAGUACAGUCUUCUGCACUCAUUUCGAAAAUAUGGAAACAGAACAAAGUUCGUAAUAGCAAGCUACCUGAAGGAGCUCAGAACAAUCAAGAGCCCUCUAUUUCGCUUACUGAAUCGAUGUUGGCUCUGCGGACUGACAUUUUACCGGAUCAAAUCACUGACAAGGUGAAAGAAAAAUGGUCAAAAUUAUUGACGGACAAAAUAAUGAGAAGGCAUUCCAUCAUUAUUUGGGGUGUUUGGGUAGCUAAUAACUUCACCUACUACGGAAUCGUGAUGAUGACUCCAAGUUUCGCAGGAGGUCGCUACCUCAAUUUUUUCCUCGGAAGCACCUCAGAAUUAAUUGGCAAUUUCAUCUUAUUUUUGUUCAUAAAAAAGUUCACCCGUAAGACAACCAUAGUUACGCUGCAGGCAGUAGGCAGUGUGGCACUUCUACUGACAAUCCUCACGAACCAUUUUGAAAGUGAUGUGAUGAGGGUUGUUGAGAUGGGGUUGUUUGCUGUUAGCCGAGGAGCGAUAUGUAACUCCUUCAAUGCAAUUUAUCUGUACACGCCGGAACUUUUCCCAACAAAUCUAAGGAAUGCAGGCCUUGGAGUGGCAUCUGCCGCAGGCAGGAUAUCAGGUUUCAUAGCGCCCUUUACCGUCUAUAUGGUAAGUUUGUUUCAAAUGAUGAUAAAUUACCAUUGGUCUCUACUUGAAUUGUGA